AGUGUAAAGGUUAUUUUUGAUAACGAGUUUAGUGCUGUCAAAAAACGAGUCAAAACAAACAAUAAAAUUAAACUUUUUAUUUUCAUGUUUCAUAGAUUUAUAGGAUUAAAAAUGCAUUUAAGAAGUGGUAAAGGCAUAGAAUCAAGUAAAAGGGAAAGUGUUUCUAAACAUAACGAUGGUUUGUCGAAGAAAUCACAUGAUUUGGACCAUGCCCAUGGCAAAACCGCAGUUAAAAAUGAACAAAGGUUACAACGCACAUCAACGAUUUCAUCAAUCAGCAAAUACAUAUUUUUCAAAUUGGCAAAGACUUUAUCUGUGGUAGCAGUUGUGUUGUAUGUAGUCAUACCAGUGGUAGUAAAGACAAAUCCAUGGAUACAGAACAAGGUCAUCUUUCUCAAUAACUUAAGAUGGCCUCCAUUUAUAGACUUUACAGCUCCAGAAGGUUUUGGUCUAGAAUCCACAAGAAAUUUCUACUUAACAACUGACCAGAACAUUAGACUAGGACUCUGGCAUGCCUUACCUGAGAGUUUGAGAGAUUCCAAAGUGCCAACAGAUUAUUACACAGAUUUGCUCAAGAGUUCAAAGCCAAUUAUUUUAUAUCUUCAUGGAAAUUCUGGCACAAGGGCAGGAUGGCAUAGAGUACAGCUGUAUAAAGUUUUAGCUAAUAUGGACUACCAUGUGAUAGCUGUUGAUUACAGAGGGUAUGGAGAUUCAUCAGGGAGUCCAUCAGAAGAUGGUGUUGUGUCCGAUGCUCUUUUUGUAUACAGGUGGAUCAAUCAACAUAAAGGAGAUACUCCAAUCUUUAUAUGGGGACAUUCUCUUGGAACUGGGGUAACAACAAAGUUAGCUCGAACACUCUGUAGAAAUAAUGAAGCACCGGAUGGUGUGUUUCUGGAAUCUGGGUUCAACAAUAUACUAGAUGCUGCCACAUACCAUCCCAUGGCUAGCCCUUUUAGAUUUAUACCUUGGUUUAACUGGCUAUUUCUGGAGACUAUAACACAUAAUGACAUACAUUUCCAGAGUGAUGUUAGUAUUGCUGAUGUUUCACCUCCAUUGUUGAUUCUCCAUGCAGAGGAUGACGUGAUUGUGCCAUAUCAUCUUGGAGUGAAGUUAUACGAGGCAGCUGUGAAGACCAGACCACAGACGUAUGGAGCAGCAGAGUUUGUUUCCUUUAAUGCCAGUCAUCGUUAUGGUCAUAAACUGAUCUUUAUGGCUCCAGAAUUACCAGAUAUCAUCAGGAAAUUUAUGAAGAGGUGCUUGGAUGGCAAGAAAUGAUUCAAGAAGUGAUAAUUGAAAUAUUUGCUCAGGAAUUUUGAUAGAAAUUUUAUAUAGAUUUUAUUGUAGGAUCCAUAAUUGUUUUAACAGUAUUGAUGUGUAUUAUAGUACAUGAUUAUCUGUGAUGUUUUAUUAUAAAAUUAAUUGAAAUCUUUCUAACAGGCAAGUGACAGUGUUAUCUAAAAUAUGAUUUAACCCUUUAUUGGUGUAAUCAAAGCAUUUUUGAAAAACUUUCCUGUAUUUUAUUUGAUAAGCUUAUAUGUCUAGUUUUAUAUAUAAAUGAGUUUUUUUAACUUCAAUACAUGUGGUAAGAAUGUCUGAUCUAGUUUAGAUUGAUUCCUUGGGCAGAAGGUCAAACAUCUUUUACUACAUGUAUGAUAUGAAAGAUCUUGAUAGUCUUCAUAUAGCAUGUAGUUAGGCUAAUAGUAUCAAUUGUAAAAUAUUAACACUAUUGCUUAAGAUAAUAGACUCACAAUAAACAAUAUGUAACAAUAUGAAUUAGAUGGUAUAAGAUAUUUUAUGUGUGCAUUCAUCUUUCCUGAUUUUAUCACAUAUGUAACACACAAUGUUCCAUGUUCAUUGUUUUUGUCUCAUUGUUUAUGUUUGAAUACGAUUUUAAUAGAAUUAUUUUUUUUACCUAAUGAAGGAAACGUUUUACACUUGUCACUGUGGAUAGGUCAUGCUGGUGAUACCUGAUAGUGAAGUCCAUAUGUGAAUAGAUUGUGUGUUAGUUAAAAAACAGAGUCCUUCAUAUUAAUUUUUUGUCAAAACUUGACUGAAGGUUACUAGUGACAAUAGUAUUCUAUCUUGCACUUGAUUUUCUUGUUGGCUUUUCAGACUUUUACAAAAUUCCCUUCAUUUAAAGUGAUAAUGAGCAACAUUAAACAUCAUGUUAACAAGUAACACCUAAAAAAAACACAAGUAACACCACAAAGCAGUGUUUUGAUUCACAGAUUUACUGUAACACAAGAUAUAAAAUUAUUUUUUUUAUUUUUUUUGUGGCAUUAUUAUUAAAACUGUAGAUGUAUCAAAUUUUUCCUUUAUUUCCAGUUACACUAAUAUUUGCUGUGAUAUUCUAUAAUUAGAUUUAAUACAAUCAUUCCUUGUUUGUUAAUGUUUAAGGAUCUGAAUACUAGUAUAUAGCAAUAUUGUAGAGAUAAUGUAGAAAUAUAAGGUAGUUUUCAGUUAGUUUAUUUUUUAUCAUGUGUACAAAUAGUCUAUUGCUAAAGCAAAAGAACAAACUUUUGUAUUGCAUUUAGGUUUAUCUAGACCCUGUUAUUUAGUUUGUAUGAAUUGGUGUUACUGUAUUGUGUUCCUUUGUUUUGGAUUUAUAGGUCACCUGACCACAAUGUGUUCAUGGUGAGCUUUUGAGAUCCACUCUGUUGAUCGUCCAUUGAUGUGCUUAGUGUGUUCUCAUUGAUUUUUUUAAACAACAUCUCUAAAAUGGAUGACUGGAUUUGGACCUUCACAGGAAUGAAAACUUUGUUUGGGUUUGUUGCAUAAGUCAGGUCAAAAUAAAGGUUUUAAAAACACAAAUUUUAAAAAUCUUCAAUUCUUAAUCUAAAAGGCUAGAACUUUAGUAAGUGGUAUAUAUGGUCAUCUAGAGGUCUAGUAUAUAGCUAUAUUUUUAUGUUUGUAUCUAUUUUUUGUUAGUGUAUUUUCUGUUCAUUAUCAUAAUUAGAAAUUAUAAUUUGCUAUAUCUCUGAAAAUUAUUAAAUUCUUAUUUGAUCUGUUUUGAAUAUUGUUCUCAUUUUGAUUUUGUAUUUGAAAUAUUUGGUGAAUGUUUGUUUUAUUUCAUUGACUUGAAUGGAGAUGUGUGGAAAUGAUUGGUUUUAUUCUUAAAGAGAAUGGUUAAUUUUGUAACUUUUUGUGUGAAUAAUAUUGAAUUUAUCAUUUGAAAGCUUCAUUUAUUGUGGGGAACAACCAUAUGAUUUGUAAUGAAUAGAAGGUAUUCGUUAUGACCAUUUACAUUCUAGUCAAUUUAUAAUCUAUAUGCCAUGAAGAUAGGCACAAUAAAAAUAUCUUAAGAUAAUGUCAUCUGGGUUUCACAUUGGAACACUAGAUUAUAAGUUAAAAAAAAGCUUAAUGAUGUGUAAAAGUUGAUAUUAAAACAAAUAUAACAUUCAGAAUUUUCAGUGACAUGAUUUGAAUUAUAGCACUCUAAAACCUCAUUUGUAUUUGUCAAACUCUAGACAUUAUUUACUUUUAUAAUAUUCUUUAGCCAUAAAUAAAAAGAAACAACAAAGUCAUUAAACAAUUAAACAGCAGAUUUUAUGGGAUCAUUCCUUAUUAAAUGCUAUACUAAAUGCAACAGUUGUUGUGGUAUCUACAUGUAUAUUACAUCGUAUAGAUUGAUAUGACAUGAAGUGUUCAAUAUUAUUGUUUUAGUGUUCUGCAUUUUGAUGGUCUUAAAAAAUGCAUUAAAUUGGUUGUACAAAUACAAUUGGAAACUAAUGAUAUGUUUUUCAAGAUUAUUCGUGAAUUCAAAAUUUUCAAAUUUCUGAAAGCUUGCUUUUUUAUAGUUAAGUAAAAGUUAGAAAUGUUUAAUUCUGAGACUGACUGUUAGGAUUGUUUAGAUUUUCAAUUGUUAACCUAGAAUACAUGUAGCUCUAUGCCCUUAUAACACAUGUACAUUGUAUAUACUUAUUUUUCUCUCUGUAACCUUUUCAAUUCUCUUAUUUUGACUUGCAUGCUUUGUACUUGUUUGUUAUGAUUUGCCAAAUUCUUAAUUACUUCAUUAUUACUGCAUUAGAUUAAUUGGGUGAAUAGUACUUUGACAAGUAUUUUUACUGGCUAAAUCUAGCAGAUUUGUACAUUUAGAUAAUCUUUUAGCUUUGUAUUUAUGCAAGUGAUGGUAAUGUGUGAUCUAGCAUAUGGAUCCUUCAUGUUGUAAUAGUUACAAGUUAAUUAUGCUGCAAGGAUAUUGCAUGGUGUUACGUUUUUCUUCUAUGAUUUAGCAGAUGUUAUGAAAUUGAUUUCUAAAUGAAAGUUAAUGGCUGCACUAUUUUAGAUUUGUAAUUACUUUUUUUCUGUGUUUAUAUUUCCAUUGAUUUAAAUGUUAUCCAUUUGAUGUGCAUUUAUUUAAUUUUGAUUGGCUUGCAUAUAUGUGUUUACUUUUGUUAGGUGCUGUGUUAAUAUGUUUUGUUUGACAUCAUAGUUUUCAUAAAUUGGCAUCUAUAGAUAAUGAGAGAUAUAUCAUGAGAUUGAUUCGAGAGUUAAAGAUUUUCCUGUUAUAUAUUGAACAUUAUGAACGAUUAAUAGAUAUAAUUUUCUCCCAUUUAUCUGACAAAUCUGUUGAGAAAAGAAUAAUUAAUGGCUUUUAUAGGUUGUUAACAUGCAAACGUAUAAGGAAUUGAUGUGUUACAUUUGGUUUGAAAUAGAUUAUACUCAGGAAGUUUAAUAUUAAAAGCAAUAAAUUACCUGGGAAGAAAUGUAAAAGAUUUCUUGGACUGUGAAUUACACCUGUUAUUGUACAUCUAUAUUACUAUUGAUGGUAGAAGGUAUUAAACUUUGGUGUUUGUGAUUUGUUAUAUGUAUAAUAAUAUCUGCAUUUAGUCCUAGAUGAGAUUUUAAAUUUCAAUACCACAGGCAAUGUUGGUAUAACUUUUCCUAAAGGUACAACUUUAGUUGAUACCCUUGUUUUGUGAAGGUUUGUAUCAAACACAGGGUAUAUUUUGGAACAGAGUUCAUGUAGUAGCUUGGUACAUUAGCUAGUGUUUUGCUAAGAUUAUAUUUUACGUGUUGCCAAGUGCUUAUGAUGUAACAAUGCACAAUCCUUUACCAGCCAUUAGCUCAAUUUCUGUCUCAAAAAGGUUAAAUUUUUUAUGUGGAAUGCAAUAUUUGAUAUAAUUUUUCACAUUUGUUAUGUUUUAAUCUUACAAGCAGAUGAACAAUAUAAAGUCUAGCAUGUUAAACAGUAUAAAACUGUUUUCAACUGUCUUUAAUCAGUGAAAUAUUUGUUAUAAAUCUUACCUGUAGACAUACUGUAACCCAAUUUAUAUUCGCGAAUACAAAUUUUCGCGUUUUGCCGAGGUCGGACAUAUUCGCGAAUAUUAAUUUCCGCGUUUUCUUGAUUUCCGAAAAAAAAAAUUCGCAGAUUGGAAAGUCCGAUGGGGCAGUAAAUCCAUUAGCCGACUAUUAAUCUUCAAUAAUUGAGGUCAUUAUUGGUGUCUUAAAUGGGAUUAACAAUACGCUAGCCUUAUAUUUUAUUGGUAAGUGAAUUGUGAUCACAAUUCAUCAAAACAUUUUCUCUAUAUAUGUACAUCUACGCAUCGUUCGUCUUCAUUUUAUCUAGAAAAGUCUUUAAGAAAUUCAAUUUAAGCGUUUCAUAAAAAAAAUACCUUCUCCAAUCAGGGAUCGAACCGAGAAAAUUAUGUUAUAUGAGUCCGCAAUCUAACCAAUUGAGCUAUACAGGCUGUUAAGAUUGACGGGUAAAAAUCGAUACAAGUAUGAAACCAUCUUGUAUUUCACUGUUUGUAAUUAUGUACAUCCAAUACCCUUUUGUGAUACUCGAUAGGUUUAUACCACCUUUAUCUUAACAAUUCACUCAAACAAUUAUUUUAUAGGAUCCAAAAAACAAUAGCCUUUUGUGAUGCUCGAUAGUUUCCCACUUUUGUCAAACAAUUAUUUUCAAAUAAGUGCGAGUACUUUGUAUGCAUAUACUUAGUAUAGAAGUGUAAAUAUGAAGAAACUUAAAACUGACACAUGCUCCGUAUAGUACCCUAUACGGAACGUGAUUGACAAUAGGCCUACUAGUAUUUCAUAAACUGUAUUAAAAUGAGGAUGUUUAUUUUGAUUGUUAUAUUGACAUAGAGUUCUUUUGAUAUUUAUAAAAUAGUAGUAGUUUACUUAGUUUGUGUUUUUAUUGCUUUAUGGCAAUAUUCAUAACAAUUCAUUACUUCCUAACAGGUGCCCGUAAAAUUCGAAUAUAUUCGGUCAAGUAGCUUUGCAUAGCCACGUCUAAAAUAAGAAUUUCUCUCCAAUUUAUUCGCGAAAUCGUGCGGACUUAUUCGCGCAAACAAAUAUUCGCGCUUCAUGGCCAUCCGCGAAUAAAGCGAAUAUUAAUUGGUCGCGAAUAUUCGUUGGGUUACAGUAUAUUGAAUGAAUAAUGUUUAUACGUUUCCAUUAAAGCAGUCUGACAGAGUCAGUACUAAUCUAUAGUUGUUAAAUAUUUUGUAAGGAUUUUUUAAACUCUUUUUCUUUGUGAAAUAGACCCUCUUUUUCCAAGUAAAAUAGAUCAAAUACUUUCUGUUUGAAUUCUUUGAUUUAAAUAUGAUUUAUCUGAAUAUGAAAAUAGCAUGAUUGUACCAUUUAUGAGAUAUGUAUAGUAUAUUUUACUACUAGUAUGGUUUACAUCCUAGUAUAAGUAUUGAUGUAUGAUAUAUAUUACUUUAUAGACUGUUACAUGGUUAACUGGCAGAUGCUGUUUUAUGAAAUAUAAGAAUGAUGUUUUGUUGUGGUUUAAUUAUGCCCCCACUUCGAAGAAGAAGGGGUAUAUUGCUUUGCACUUGUCGGUCCGUCGGUCCAUUGGUCCGUCGGUCCGUAGACCAAAUGGUUCCGAUCAAUAACUAAAGAACCCUUAGGCCUAGGAACUUCAAACUUGGUAUGGUGAUUGUUUAUGACCAGCAGAUGACCCCUAUUGAUUUUGGGGUUAAGGGGUCAAAGGUCAAGGUCACAUUGACCUUGUAGGUAAAAACGGUUUCCAAUCAAUAAUUAAAGAACCCUUAGGCCUAGGGAGUUCAAACUUGAUAUGGUGAUUGGUCAUGAUCAGUAGAUGAACCCUAUUGAUUUUGGGGUCAAGGGGUCAAAGGUCAAGGUCACAUUGACCUCUUGGGUAAAAACGGUUUCUGAUCAAUAACUAAAGAACGCUUAGGCCUAGGAACUUCAAACUUGGUAUGGUGAUUGGUCAUGACCAGCAAAUGACCCCUAUUGAUUUUGGGGUUAAGGGGUCAAAGGUCAAGGUCACAUUGACCUUGUAGGUAAAACGGUUUCCAAUCAAUAACUUAAGAACCCUUAGGCCUAGGAACUUCAAACUUGGUAUGGUGAUUGGUCAUGACCAGUAGAUGACCCCUAUUGAUUUUGGGGUCAAGGGGUUUAUGUCAUAUUGACCUGUACUUAAUGACGGUUUCUGACCAAUAACUCAACAACUCAAGUUGCCUUGGUUGAUAUUUUUAUAUUAAACUAAAAAUGCUUUUGGUAUACACAUUUGAAGGUCUUAUGUAAUAUAACAACUUGGCUGUCAUUAAUAAGGCCUUCAUUAUUCAUAAAAUUUAUGCAUAUAUUAUUUGGUAAGAUUUGUAAUAACUUAAAUUGCUGCACACAACCUAUGGGGUCACAAUAAUUAUUACCUUGUGACUAGUCAUGACCAGUAGAUACUAGAUAACCCUUAUUAAUUGUUUGUUCACUGGGUCAGAAGUCAUGCAUAAUAACCUGAUCACAUGACUAAUUGGCUGCCGAUAGGGGGCAUACAUGUUUUACAAACAUAUCUUGUUUUAAAAGAAGUGUAAAGUAUUUCAUUUUCUGUUAAGUAUUGUUAUGCUAUACCGGUAAAUAUCACAUGUUGACAGUUAUUUGAUGGUUAUGAUCAGGUCGAGUAGUUUUGUUUUAUAAAUCUUUGAGCAAAAAAAUAAAAAAAUAAUAAGCAGCUUAUCUUUACUGAACAGAAUUAGAUUAAAAUAAACAAUGAUUAUAGUAUUAAAUGUGACACAUGACAGUGUAAAAACAUUAUUAAUAAAGGACACAUUGUUUCUUACUGAACUGGCUAAUCCAUUUAUACAUGAAUGAGCUGGUGUAUCAAAAUUAAAUACAAAAUUAUUUAUCUGGUUUUCCAAAACUUUGUCGCAUAUUCUCAGAUAUAAGGAAAAGUGGUUUGUAAUUGGAAAUGUAUUUUGUAUUGUUCAUUUUCUAGAUCGUUUAUUUAUCAUGUCUGUAUAACAAGUCAUUUAACACACUUAGGCACUUGGUAUUUAUGGUGAAAUAAAGUUUUCUUGUUGUUGUUUUUUCUUUUUGAUAUUGAACAGUUUAUCUGAGAUAUUUAUAAUGUACAUUUUGUAAUACAGCUUUCUUGUUAAUUAUAAUUGCAUAUUGAUAUAUUACAAACAACACUGACACUAUUUCUUGUUACCAUAUAUUUUUGUAAAAGAACAUAUAAUAGCAUCAUUGUAAGUUUCUGUUAUAAAUGAUCUCCUGUUUUAUAUAAAUGAACAAUGCAAUUUCGUCUAGCCAAUUAUCCGCUUUAUUGCUCACUUUAAAAUCAUGUUUCACCCAUGUACUCGUUCCAUGAAAACUGUUGGCUUGUAAAUAAAAAAAGAAAUAAAGUUAUAA